GGCGCCGCCUUGACGUUAGGGCGGCUCGCCAGCCAAUGGAGGCGGGGAGCAGGCAGCUGUCACCGGCCGGGCCGGGCCGGAGCCGCCUGCAGGCAGCUGCACGAGCUCACCCGGCUGCGGCAGCAGCUGGGCCAGGGUCUGGGCUCGCGGGGCAGCGCGGCAGCCAAGCCUGCGGCACGGGUGCCCCGGGGCCAGCGGCAGCCCCAGCCCGGGGAGGGAGGAGCAGCAGCCCCUGCUGCUCAGAGGCAGGCCCUGCAGCCUCGAGCUGGACCCAGGAGCCACCUGCCGGAGGCAAAACCAGAAGUUGGGCCCCAGCCCAGUCAGUUGUUCCCCGCCCAUGGACUGCACUGGGGAUCCACCCACAGAGCUCAGUGCAGGAUCAGGGUCCCAGUACCUUGCUGAUUAUACUUGAAAACCCAGACCCAGAGCCACAAAGCCAUUCAUCCAGCUCUAGUCCUGAUGCUGAGCCCUCACCAAGCAGCUAUAACCUGGCAGCCAAGGCUGCCGCUCCGGCCUCAUGAAGCGGACACACAGGAGGGCAAAACAGCACAGCAUCUGGCCUGCCAGGAGUCACAGAUGAAGGCUGUAGGGAAACGCUGGCCUGGAUCGUGGCAUCAGUAUCAAGUAAAACCCCUCACUGGAGUGAGCAGCGAAUUCUAUUAAUGGCAUGACAGGACCCUCAGCUGCACAAUAAAAUACUCUUUUGAAUGACUGUUUGGCUGAUAUCGUUUAGCGAUCUCUA